AUGGGUCGCAGGGGCGCUGAAUCCCCAGUUAGGGACCGAAGGUCUCCUCGUAGGAGGAGCCCCUCUCGAAGUGAAAGGUCUCCUGCUCGGCACAGGAAUGCGGAGCAGCCUUCAACUCGCAAGAGAUCACCAAAACGUGCUAGGUCAAAGUCCCCUAUACCUUAUUCACAGGUUAGAGAGAAACCCUCUAGUCACACUAGAUCUCCACAACGCAGGAAAUCGGUAUCUCCUGUAGCAAUCAGACAAAAGCCCUCAAACCGGACUAGGUCCCCAAAACGUGCAAACUCAAAGUCUCCUCCACCUCUUUUGCCCACCAGAGAGAAAAAUCGAAUCAGAUCCCCUAAACGUGCCAAGUCGAGGUCUCCUUUGUCUCGAUUGCCAGAGUUGGGAAAACCAUCUAAUCGAGCCAGGUCGCCCAAACGUGCCCAGUCAAAGUCUCCUGAAUCCCGUUCGCCUUCACCACGGACUAAAAGGUUAAAGAGAGCUCAAGCUGAACGAGAUGAUGAAAAAGGAAGUGUGAGGAACCAUGAGAAAAAUUUUGUUAGGAAGGGUAACGAGGCGACACAUAGAGAAAGAGAUUCAAACAUGAAUCCGCCAAUUGAGAGAAGAGAUAGGUCAGAAAGGGAUGCAGUGGACAAUGAGUCUUCCAGAUUGAGACCUGAACGCUCGUCUUCUCCGUCUGAUCAUCACUACAGGAGUCGGCCAAGAUCUAGAUCACCUCGAGCUUCUGAUAACAGAGCGCGUGAUGAGGUAACAAAGUCAAGGGCUGCUAAACAGCGGAAUGGUGACAAUGAUGCAAUCGAUAAAAUGAAAGCAACUGAAGAGACUCUGGAAGCAAAAGAAAAGCAAAAGCCUUCAUUUGAGUUGUCUGGGAAGCUUGCGGACGAAACUAAUCGAGUCAGAGGUAUAACAUUGCUGUUCACUGAGCCCCCAGACGCCCGAAAAUCAGAUACAAGGUGGCGAUUGUACGUUUUCAAGGGUGGUGAAGUGCUUAAUGAACCUCUCUAUGUACAUCGUCUGAGCUGCUAUCUUUUCGGGAGAGAGAGGAGAGUUGCUGACAUCCCUACAGACCACCCAUCUUGCAGCAAACAACAUGCUGUUCUUCAGUAUCGGCAAGUGGAAAAUGAGAACCCAGACGGUACCAUGUCUAAGCAAGUAAGACCAUAUUUGAUGGAUCUUGGAAGCACAAAUGGGACUUUUAUUAAUGAUGAUCGAUUAGAACCACAGCGAUACUAUGAGCUUUUUGAAAAAGAUACUAUCAAGUUUGGUAAUAGUAGCCGAGAGUACGUGCUACUACAUGAAAAUUCAUCUGGAUGA